UCUUCUUCUUCUUCUUCUUCUUUCUUCUUCUUGUUGUUCUGUUCGAUAUUCUCCAUGGCUCCUCUCUUUUCUCUCUCCCACUCCUUUUCUUUCCCCUCCACAAACCCUAAUCUCAAUUUCACUUCCACUUACAGAUAUGUUCUUCCUCUUCGCGCCCCAACUCUCCGCUUCAUUACCAAUUCAUCGUCUUCUCCAUCGCCCUCACCGCCACCGCCGGAUCCCAUCCCCGACGCGCCGCCGCCAGACAAGAAGUCGCUUGCAGCAGCCACCGGGGAGCUCUUUCUAGGGCUGGCGGGGAGGCUGAUUAAGAGGUCCGGCGACGGCUCCAACAGGGUUGCCAUGUUUGAGGAUCCCAGGGCGAAAAGGAGUGCGUACGAUGAGAGAAUCGGCGCGGUGGUGGAGGAUGAGAUUCAGUCCGGUGUAGUGUGGGAGCAGCGCGUUAAGGAUGUUCAGGCCGAGCGGGAGCGGCGACUCGUUACCAGCCCUGGGUUUAGCUUCUCGGCCGCUGGUUUAGUGUUUCCAUACCAUCUUGGAGUUGCUAAAUUUCUCAUUGAGAAGGGGUAUAUCAAGGAAACGACUCCAUUAGCUGGAGCCUCUGCGGGUGCAAUUGUCUGUGCUGUUAUUGCCUCUGGAGCCAGUAUGGAGGAGGCUUUACAAGCUACCAAACUACUGGCCGAAGACUGCCGAAGUAGAGGGACUGCGUUUCGCCUUGGGGCUGUACUCAGAGAGGUUCUUGACAAAUUUCUGCCUGAUGAUGUACAUAUUAGGUGUAAUGGAAGGGUUCGUGUGGCAGUCACCCAAGUCUUUUGGAGACCUAGAGGUUUGUUGGUGGAUCAGUUUGAUUCAAAAGAUGAUCUCAUCAAUGCAGUUUUCACUUCUUCCUUUAUUCCAGGGUACCUAGCCCCAAGACCGGCCACAAUAUUUCGGAAUAGACUCUGCAUUGAUGGUGGUCUAACAUUGUUCAUGCCACCAACUUCUGCGUCUCAUACAGUGCGUGUCUGUGCUUUCCCAGCCAGCAGAUUGGGAUUUGAAGGGAUUGGGAUCAGUCCAGACUGCAAUCCUGAAAACAGAGCUGGCCCCAGAGAGCUUUUCAACUGGGCUCUGGAACCAGCAGAAGAUUACAUUCUAGACCGGCUCUUCGACCUUGGAUAUCAGGAUGCUACUGUUUGGGCUGAGGAUAAUCCUGUUGAGAAGUUGGUGGAAGACGAAGGCACGAUUGAGGACGAUGCCUGUAACUAGCUGAAGCAUAAAGUGAAGAUGGCGAAUUAAUUCAAAUGGAAGAUGUGGGACAGCAUUGGUGGUAAGUUCAUGCCAAACCAAAACUCAAAACUUUCUGGAUUGCUGCUGACCUUGCUGCUUCAAAUAGUUAGAUACAUAUAGGAAUAUUUCAUGACAUAAAAAGAGGAAAGCUUUUACUCAUGAAUUAAAGCAUAACAAGAAUUGUACAAAUGAAUACCAAAAAGUCUUGUGUUCGUAUAUAUAUACCCCCUCCCCCCUAUGUGUCAUUUUGCUGGUCAACGUUCUUGUAUUCUUUGAAUAUUUGGAUCUACUGUUUUGAACAUCUUUCCAUCUAUUAGAGGUGUAUAUUGGGUUCGAUUCGUCUUU